CCCCCAUAUAUGUUUGCAUCUCUGUUUAAUAGUUUAAAAGAAAUUCCAUUCAGAUCGAUUGAGGUGUUUUCAUGAAGGCUUUUGAAUAUUAUUAUGCAGACUAUUAUGAGGUUGCAUGCAUUAACGUAUAGCCAGUGUCUGCUAAACUAUUGCAUGCAAAAAGUACAAUGCACAAAAAUGCUGUCUUAUCAGGUUUCGAGACACAGCUGGUGUUUUUAAUUGACACUCCUGUCUUGUAGUUUCAUUUGUCACCAGUAGAGGGACUAACCCCCCCCUCUCUCUGUCUCUCUCUCUCUCUUUGUCUCUCCCUCUCUCUCUCUCCCUCUCUCUCUCCCUCUCUCUCUCCCUCUUUCUCUCCAGUCGAGCCCCUGAGCGAGAGGCUGUUAUUGGAGCAGAAGCAGACGGAUCACAGACACUCCUCUUCUCUCCACUCCUCCUCUGACAGACGGAGCACAUACUCUCUCUCUCUCUCUCUCUCUCUCUGGUUCUCACGGACCCCCAGCCCUCUUCUCCUCGCCGCUGCGUGUCUGUGCUGGAGUACUGUGUUGGAGUAUCUCAGCGGAGGAGGAGAGAGCAUCCUCAUCAUCCGUCAGGGACUCAGACUGCAGCUUGAUGGGAAAGACGCUGGAGCAGCUCCAGAUGUUCCCUCACUACACCUGCAUCUAUCCACCCUGCGCUCACAGCAAGCCAUAUGCCCCGCCCCCUCCUCAGAUGGCCACGCCCAGUCCAGGAAGCAGCAGCUGUAGUCAGAGUGCAGUGGAGCAGUUUAGCAAAACCAACCUGUACAUACGAGGACUUCCUCCUGGAACCACAGACCAGGACCUCAUCAAACUCUGCCAACCCUAUGGGACAAUCGUGUCUACUAAGGCCAUCCUGGACAAAAACACACACCAGUGCAAAGGUUAUGGUUUUGUGGACUUUGAGUGUCCAGGAGCGGCGCAGAAGGCCGUGUCGUCUCUGAAGGCCACCGGUGUGCAGGCACAGAUGGCAAAGCAGGAGCAGGACCCCACUAACCUGUACCUGUCUAAUCUGCCCGUGUCUGUGGAAGAACAGGAGCUGGAGGCACUGCUCAAACCCUUCGGUCACGUGAUCUCCACACGGAUCUUACGGGACACCAGCGGCGCGAGCAGAGGUGUCGGCUUCGCCAGGAUGGAGUCCUCAGAGAAAUGUGAAGUUGUCAUACAGCAUUUGAAUGGGAAAUAUCUCAAGACUCCAGCAGGAAGCCCAGGUCCGUCUGAACCGCUGCUCUGUAAGUUUGCUGAUGGCACUCAGAAGAAGAGACAAACUCAGAGUAAAUAUCCACAGAAUGGCAGAGCGUGGAGGGAAGGAGAGAUGGGAAUGACACUCACAUAUGACCCUGCGGUCAUGCAAAACGGGUUCUACUCUUCUCCAUACAGCAUCAGUGCUAGCCGGAUGAUCACCCAAGCGUCCUUCACUCCGUUCAUCACCACUUCACCCAUCUCUACAUAUCAGGUGUGUAGCACAGCAUGGAUGCCGCAGCAGUAUGUGAUGCAGCCCACAGGUGUACUAACAGAAGCUCCCUUAUCACAGGAUGUCCAUGUAGCACAGCAACAGAUCACCAUGGAAACCAGCGACCACAUUCAACCCUGCUCGUACCAGACCAAAUAGCAUCCUGAGGAGAUGAAUGUACAUCAGCGUUGUCUUCUGAUGGACGCUCUCUCUAAUAAUGGACACGCAGUCAACUUCCAGCUGACCUCAGCACCAAAAACACAGACUGGAUUCAUUUCCACCUGGACCGCUUCAUUUUAUUGCUUGAUUUUUUUUUGUAAUUCAUUUUAAUGUCUGUUGGACUGAAGCUCCUAUAGAGAGUUAAUAUGAAAACAUUGCAUUGAUAGAUGUGGAUUUGAUGUAAAAUGAUCAAGAUGAACACAUAUGGUCUUCCUCAGAUAUUAAGCGAUUACAUCUUUAUAUUCUGUUGAUUUUCUUGUCAAGUGUUGGCUUUGUAGGAGUUUACACAAAUCUCAGUUGCCUUAAUUUUUGAAUACAUCUGAAUAUUGUUUAA